AUGAAAUUAGAGCAGAUGCGCCUCGCUCGAGAGCACUGUCAUCCGAGGGUACUACUCGACUUUGUCCCCAUACUCAAAUGGCUACCAAAAUACAGUGUCAAAAAGAAUCUUAUCAGGGACAUCAUCGGUGGUUUGACCGUCGGCAUUAUGCAUGUCCCGCAAGGAAUGGCGUAUGCUUCGUUGGCUGGAGUUCAACCAGUGAACGGCCUUUACACAUCACUAUUCCCAGCAUUUUUCUACAUGCUCUUUGGCACAUCUAGGCACGUUUCUUUAGGUGUUUUUGCGGUAGUUAGCUUAAUGACUGGUAGCUGUAACCAACGAGUAUCGGGUAUUCUUGAACAGAAGAUGACGCGCAAUAAUGGAAGCCUUCUCGAUGAUCUGAGCGAAGAGGCAAAGAUGCAUACCUCCGUCGCUAUUGUUACUUCAUUGGCAAUGUGUGUUGGCUUAGUACAGAUAGCUAUGGCCGUUCUGCGGUUGGAUUUCCUCACAGCAUUUCUCUCUGAUCAAAUUAUUGGAGGGUUCACUACGGGAGCGUCGGUGCACGUAUUUACGGCUCAGCUUAAUAAAAUUUUCGGUGUUCCUCUUCCUCGUCGAUCUGGACCAGGAAAACUGUUCCUUAUAUAUAAGGAUUUAAUUGGCAGCAUAUUAGAUGGUUAUGCGAACUGGAUCACUUUUGGUAUCUCUGUGAGCACAAUCGUGUUACUGUUUCUCGUCAGAGCCUAUCUCGACCCGUUACUAAGGAGGAGGUGCAGUGUUCCAGUUCCGUAUGACUUAUUCGUUAUGAUCAUUGGCACGAUCGUUUCCUAUCUUGUCAAUCUGCAUGGUCGAUUUGAAGUCAAAAUCAUAGGAAAGAUACCUACUGGUAUACCAGCACCUGCUUUUCCCGAUGUGUCGCUGUUUCGGUAUUUCCUCGGUGACGCACUGGCAAUUAGCGUCGUAGUUUUAGUGGUGACGGUUUCUAUGGGCAAGCUGUUUGCGAAGAAGCACAAAUACGAAAUAGAUGUUAGACAGGCAAUAUUUGUGGUAAGCUUCGUAGCCACGGUUGUAUGCGAUGUCGUCGAAGGCCUUCUAAUUGGAACUUUCUUCGCUGCAAUCUUGCUUGUUUAUGGAAUUCAAAGUGCCAAGGUUGUUGAAAUAGGCCGACUAAGUCACAAUGAAGGUCAAUCGUACUUCCAACCAAUAGAGCAUUACAGAGACGCAGUGAUUCGUGAUGGUGUGUGCUGUGUUCGUUUCGCUGCUCCUAUUGUCUAUUUGAAUGCCGAACGGUUUAAGAAAAGUGUCGAUGACGUCAUACGACUUCCGACCUUGGAACGAAGACGGAGAGAAGGAGAGAAUGAAUUGGAAAAAUCAGUGAAACACUGCCGAAAUGAAUCUGGUACGACGUUGCGGAGUAUUAAGGUCAUGCCUCCUGACGUACUGCAAAAGCAAUUCUCCCUUACCGAAUCUAAGCAUGAGCCAAUACAAGCGAUCGUCAUCGACUUGUCCGCCGUACCCCAGAUCGAUUAUACUGGUGCUCAGUGCAUCAUAGAGGUCUUCAAUGAACAGCGGAGUAGAGGGAUCACUGUGCUCUUUGCUGCAGCGCCAUUGCAACUCCUGGCUCGUCUGGAAUCUGUAUUAUCGGAGAAUAAUUCGAGUAUUCUGACGAAUUUUUAUCCGUCAAUCGAUGAUGCUCUCAACAACAUCAAGUAG